UAACAAAUACGUGAAGCCUACUUGAGAUAGAAAUAGAAAGUAGCAAAUAAAGAGUUCUUUGAAUCCAAUCCACUGCCUUUUUAUAAUACAUUAUUAUUCCCACUUCUAAAGCCCAAAAGCGCUCUUAUCUUCUCCUCUCAAACCUUAUUAUAUCCACCAAACGAAACAAUCAAAAUCCUCAUAGAACACAAAAAACACAACUCCAUUAUGGUUGCUGGAUGGAGAAUGCCGUUUUGCACAUCCAAAGACAGAGAACCUAAAGCUUUAGCAGAACAACAAUGGGACUUCGACAACAUCAAUGAAAGUCCUAAAGUUAGUUCUUCUAAGUUCACAUUUUCCUCUACCCCGCCAACUAGUCCCAACCUCCUUUGUAAAACUUCUAAUUCCAAUUCUUCAUCAAUUCACGACAACAAAAGCAACAGUCCAAAAUGGUCGUCCCCUAACUCACCACAAUCUUAUUACUCUCUUCUCAAAGCCACCUUACGCCUUUCCAAAAGUUUAUGUGGAAUUUGCAGUCAGAGUGUGAAAACUGGUGAAGGAAAAGCAAUUUUCACAGCGGAAUGUUCUCACAUCUUUCACUUCCCAUGCAUAGCAACUCACGUGACAAACCAACAAAUCGUCACAUGCCCCGUGUGCGGAACUAAUUGGAACAAUCUACAACCGGAGAAAACCGUUGAGGAAAACAACACUACACAGAACGUCAAAACGACGUCGUCGUUUAAGCUUCCAACCUACAACGACGACGAGCCACUCUUGCCGUCCACUUCCGUUUCACGUUUCAACACCAUUCUCGAAUCAAACGAAAACGAAGAAGAUGAAGAUGAAGAUCAAGAAGAAGUAGGAGAUGAAGAAAACAAAGAGCCUAUUGAAUUUCAAGGCUUCGAUGUUUCUUCAACGAGAACAUUUGAUUCGUUCUUGUUACCAGAGACUGCAAUUGUGACAUCGAAUAAGAGCUUCGAGAAUUUAGUUGCUGUGUUAAAGGUGAAGGCGAAACCGUAUAAUGUGGAUUCGAAUCGGCCGCCGGUGGAUCUUGUGACGGUGCUAGACGUUGGUAGUUCGGUUUCCGGCGAAGAGCUUUUGAUGAUGAAACGUUCAAUGCAAGUCCUGAUUUCUUCGCUCGGAUCCGCCGAUCGUCUCUCCGUCGUUGCAUUCUCCGGUGGAUCUAAACGGAUGUUUCCGUUGCGGAGGAUGACUGGCCGCGGAAGGAGAACGGUGCGUCGUAUAGUUGACGCGCUGGCUGUGAAUGAGCUUAACGGAGACGGUGUUCCGGCAAGGAAGGUGGCGAUGAUGAAAGCUGCGAAGAUUCUAGAAGAUCGACGGCAAAAGAAUCCCGUUGCUGAAAUCAUACUCCUUACAAACGGUGAAAAAGAUAGCAGGUUAUCAUCUACGCGCUUCUCUCAUUUGGAAAUCCCGGUUCACGCGCUCGCCUACUCACACGCGCAUAACGACGGCGCGUUUGCGAAACGCAUCGGUAAUAUAUUGCGCGUUGUUGCUCAAGACAUCAAGUUUGAAUUACAAAGCACAUCCUCUUUGGAAAUCUCCGCCGUUUAUUCGCCUGAGUUGAGUUUCACCGACAAACUCUUGCCGGGAUCCGCCGUGCUCGGCGAUCUCCGCGCGGAGGAGGAGAGAGAGUUGUUCAUUGAGUUCAAAGUGCCUUCAUCGAGUGGGUCCCACAACCACGCUCUUUCCGUACGGUCCUCUUUCCGUGACCCGUUUACUCAAGAGAUUGUUCAUUCCAAGGAGCGUUUAAUUAUCAUUCCACGCCCCCGAUCCGUUGGAUCAUUAGACCCUAAGAUCAAACGGCUGAUACGUUUACACGUCAGCUCUCGAGCUUCAGUGAAGCAAACGAGUCACGAAACGGCUAACGAAUGGUUGCGAAGGCUUGAAGCCGAAGACAUGCGCGGACAGCCACAGCUGCGGAGCCAUAAGCUGAGAACAAAUAAUAAUUGUUUGGAGGGAAAGAUGGAGCCGCUUACGCCGAUAUCGGCUUGGAAAGCAGCUGAGAAACUGGCUAAAGUUGCUAUCAUGAGAAAGUCUAUGAAUAAAGUCGGUGAUUUACAUGGCUUUGAGGAUGCCAGAUUUUAGAUGUAUUUCUUUUUUAUUUUUAAAAGUGUUUUCUUUGGUUUAUUGUCGGAUAAAAUGUUAAUAAAAAGUUUGUAAUAAACAAAUUAAAUAAAAAAAGGGAAAAGCAUAAAUAGAAAUGGUCCAUGAGUUAUAAUAGGGACAAGAAGUACCAAAUGGCUAGGCCCUUUUUUUUGCAUAGAAAAGAAACAGAUUGUGAUGGCCAAGUGAGAUAAGGUAUGAGGAGAAUUUAAAAAAUAAAAAUUAUCGGUGUGAUAGUUUUAGUGCUUUUGUUUUCAAAUCUAUAUAAUUGAAGCUGUUGUUGGGUCUCAUCAAAGAAAAUGUUAAAAAAUAUAUUCCUGUAUAA